AUGGUGGAAACUGUUAUACUAAUGGAUCAUUUUUUUGGGAUAGGACUAACAGCAACUACAGAAGGCUGGUACAAGUGUUGUCUACCCACUGAUUGUUCAGAUUCUAACACUAGCAUCAUCUUUGCUAAUAUAUUCAGAUGGGGAGAGAUUGCAGAUAUUACAGUUAAUUUUCCUUCAAAUAUAACAGUUUUACCUCAAAGUUACACACUACAUGGUAUUACAAUUGGUGAUCCAAAUCAAGGCCUCUUAAAUGAAGAUACUUGGUACUAUGAGUCUGGUAGUGCUAGUACUGAAAUAACUGCUGAUCUCUGCACUGGACAGUCUGGAUACAGUUGUACUAUUGGUAAUGGAGUAUUAUUACACAGCAGUAAUGGAUCAUACGUUUAUACUCUAACUGUUACUUGGAAUGGAGAGACUAUAACCAGUGGAAUGCUGAGUCAAUCAAACAACAAUGGAGAUCAUGUAUUUAGAUUCUAUUUACAUUUUGGUGAUGCCAUGAGAAAUCAAUACAUUACAAUAACUGCCCCAGCAGCUGCUCCCCACUCUCUUACUGUGGUCGGCAAGACAGCUACCACUAUCACUGUAUCUACUUAG